AAGCGUUCCGGCUUUUGCUUCGCUGUGCGUGUUUAGAGAAGUGGCGGCUGCAGAAGGGACGAUGGGCGCGGUUGGCAUGGGGCUGGUGGACUGUCACUGCCACCUGUCCGCUUCGGACUUUGAUAGCGAUCUGGACGAUGUGUUGGAAAAAGCCAAGAAGGCCAAUGUUAUGGCCCUUGUAGCAGUUGCUGAACAUUCAGGAGAAUUUGAAAAGAUUAUGCAACUUUCAGAAAGAUACAGCGGGUUCAUUCUGCCAUGCUUGGGUGUUCACCCAGUUCAAGGACUUUCACCAGAAGACCAAAGAAGUGUUACAUUAAAGGAUUUGGAUUUAGCUUUGCCUAUCAUCGAGAAGUAUAAGGAUCAGUUGUUGGCAAUUGGAGAGGUUGGACUAGAUUUUUCUCCCAGAUUUGCUAACACUGAUAAACAGAAGGAAGAACAAAGACAAGUUCUAAUCACACAGGUCCAAUUAGCCAAAAGACUAAAUUUGCCUCUAAAUGUUCAUUCACGCUCAGCUGGAAGACCUACCAUCAGCCUCUUGCAGGAACAAGGUGCUGACAAGGUACUGCUGCAUGCAUUUGAUGGCCGGCCAUCUGUAGCCAUGGAAGGAGUAAGAGCUGGGUACUUCUUCUCAAUUCCACCUUCUAUCAUAAGAAGUGGACAGAAGCAGAAACUUGUGAAACAGUUGCCUUUAACUUCAAUCUGCUUAGAAACAGAUUCACCUGUGCUAGGACCAGAAAAACAGGAUUAUGGUAAGGACUACAUGAAGGUACGUGAAAGCACCUAACAGUAGCUGGUAUAUUGUAGGUGAUCAAUAAAUAUUCAUUUUUCUCCUUUUAAUUAGCUUGUUAUUAUGUAUUUCUUUCAUUACAAGUAUUGAUAGAAUCAUAGAUUUGUGUAUCUGACCUUUGCUAUAGUAUCUCAUUUUGUUAUUGUAGACCACAAAGAAUCACCUUUUAAAUUUCAUACUUUCAUAUUGCUAUAUUGGCUAUAUAUUUAUUAUAUAGCCAAUUAUAUAGCCAAAUUAUAUAUAAUUUUCUGAAAGGAAGUCAUAGCAUCUGCUUUUUAUUUGCUUUAAAUAGUGUCUGUUAUAGUUACCUCAUAAUGUACAAUUUGAUAAGUGCUUGUGAUGUCCAUUAGAUCUGUGUCUCUACACCUCCCAAAUUCAGAGAACUGUCCCUCAAAAUUUGGAGGUCUAGAAGCAGCAGAAAUCAUUAUGUGAUUAUUAACAAAUGAUGAUUAUUUGUGAUUGUGAUGUGAAUUAUACUAAUUAAUAUCCAAUUAACUACAUUUUUAGUGGAGAGGGUACUGGGGAUUUCACUCAGGGGCACAUGGCCACCGAGACAUAUCCCCAGCCCAAUUUUGUAUUUUAUUUAGAGACAAGGUCUCACUGAGUUGCUUAGCACCUCACUUUUGUUGAGACUGGCUUUGAACUUGUGAUCCUCCUGUCUCAGCUUCCCAAGCCAGUAGGAUUAUAGUCGUGCACCACCAUACCUGGCUAAUUAACUACAUUUUUGUAAAUCAUUUUUUAUCAGAGUAUAAAAGCCAGGAAUGAGAAAGUAGAGGAUCAUAACUUCUUUUUUCUAUUUGAGUAUAGGUCAGAAUAGUAUAGAAUUACUGUCCUGACAUGUUAAAUGAAAGAAAAGGAUCUAGCAUUUUUCUCCUAAACAAGAAUAAAUUUUGAAUGCUGUUAUAACUCAGUUUUUUUAUUUGUAUUUAGAUGAUUUAACAAAAACUGAGUUUGUGGCAUAGUGCCUUGUACUAAGUAGGUAUUCAAUAAACAUUUUUUGUAUGUAUGUAUGUAUAUAGAUGUGUGUGUGUGUAUGUUUGGUGGUGCUGGGUAUCAAACCCACAGCCUCACUAGCCAGGGCUCUACCACUGAACUACAUCCCCAGCCCUAAAUGUUUAUUCUGGAAAGUUAGAAAUAGGGAAGAUCAUGAACAAGAAAAUAAAACUAUCUGCCAUAUUAUAAUUGUUACAGGCAUAAACUCUAAAGUCAGAUUGCUUGGGUUUAACCUCAGCUGGCCUUCUUGCUAUCUGUGUAGGAUGUUUUUUUACCUACUAAAAAAAGAGGUACUACUAGUAAUCCUACCUACUGCAUGGAGUUAUUUUGAGGAUUAAAUGAAAUAUUUCAUGAAAAGUUUAGAACAGAGAGUCAUCUAUAAAAAAAAAGCACUAAAUAAAUGUAAGUUCUCUGUCCUUCCAGACUUUUUAUAUCCAUGUAUGUAUAUACAUACAUAUAUACAUAUAUACUUUUUAUAUACAUGUAUGUAUAUACAUAUAUUUCAUAAAAAUAGGAUUAGCCUGAAUGUAUUAUUUCAUAAUUUCCUUUUAUGUGUGCACUUCUGCAUAUAUUAACAAAUAUACUUUCCACAUCAUGUUUAACAACUAUAUAAUAUUCCAGUGUUAAAAGUAAAUAUGCAAUCAGUUACUUGAAAAAUUGUGCUCUAUAUGUGUAAUAUAAAAUGCAUUGCAUUCUGCAAUCAUGUAUAACAAAUUAGAAUAAAUAAAUAAUUUAAUUUUGGGCUGGGGAUGUGGCUC